UAUCUUUGGCUAUAAGAAAACCCAAUCUAUUAAUGUCAUAGAAAAUCUUAUUAGCCUAAUAAUAAUCUUAAAGAUGGAGAUGAAUAGUGAAGUAGAUCCUCCUCCCAUCUCCCUCUUGGAUUUGCCUCAAUCCAUCUUGGAUUUCAUUCUGAAAUGCCUUUCUCCAAAAGAUCUUUUGACAAUGUCAAAGGUAUGUGUUUUCUUGAAGAGAAAAUGCCAAAGUGAUAGAUUUUGGGAAAAUCACAUAAAAGAGAAAUGGGGGAGACUGAUUUCUGAUGCUGUUUACAAGGAAUGGAAAUGGCACAUUGAAAUUGCCAAAGAUGGAGUUUUGAUGAAGAAUAAUCAAACUGGUUCAAUGGGUUCUUUUAUUGGUGAUUGGCCUAACGUUUGUCUUUGUUCAUACUUAGAAGAUUGCAAGUUCCUCAGUGCUACAAAAUCAAACAACUUCAUGAUGUCUUUGUAUUUCUCUCUACAGACUGGUACCUUUUGGUUUCCUGCUCAGGUCUACAAGGGAAUGAUGAUUCACAAUGCCCUGGUCAACUAUGAUUCACAAUCUAAUACUUUUCAAGCAAGGUAUCAAAAUGAAAGUUGGAAACUUAUAGGGAAGAACAUUGAAUGGGAUUUGGUGAGAGCUCCCUCAGUUCAAACUUCUCCUUAUCUUCUGCACGUCUCUCAGUCUUUACAAAACUUGAAACCAGAGGAUCAUAUUGAGAUUCAAUUGAGACCAAAUACACAAUCUCCUUACGAUUGGUUUUACGGUGUUAUUGGGCACAUGGAGUCAUGCAAUGAAGAUUGUUGUGAGUGUGAAAACAGUGAUACAUUGAUAGUGGAAUUCAGGCAUUUUCCAAAAGUAUCAAAUUUGAGACGAAUAAAGUUAUGCAGAAAUAAGAAGGAAGAGCAAAGAGAUGGAAUAGCUGGCUACUGUGGAGGAAUCAGAAAGCUCGAGGACCACCGUGACAUUCAAAAAUGGAACAACCUCUUACUUCAAUUUCAGAUGAUACACGUGUUACAUUGGUCUCCAGCGGGGCCUCCAAUAAUAGGACAUGUCCAAAGGCUGUAGACUACGAACUGAAUCUUAGAGCUCCUUAUUAUCAAGCAGAGAUCUUGUGACUCAAAUGCCUGACUUUUGCUGAACAAACACUGCAACCUAUAAACUCAAGCUUUCCAUCAAAAACAAAACUAUCAUUUUGAUGUUCAACAAAUAUUUUGGGAUGUCCGAUUUCUUUUUUUAUAAAUACAAUGAUAAUUCUAUUUAA